CACACCGAUAGUACUACGCUGACCACGGAGGUGAUCACUACACUUCUCUCUCCUCACGGUCGAGCCAAGGCGUUGAUCCUCGCGUGUUAUUUAUCAGUGGGAAAAUUUUUUAACACUCUCUCUGGAUUUACCUGUGUGUUACCAGUCCACCUAAGUGGGACACGAUGUUUAAGGUGUUUACAUCAGUGAAUAGUUACCUCAACCCAGGCCCUGUUAUGGGAAUUCCUCAAGAAAACUUCAAACAAGUAACCAUGCCAGUCCGAGAACACCUGCAUCAUCACAAUCAUCACAACCACAACAACCACAACCACCACAAUCACCACCACAACCACCACACGCAACAGCCCUUCGACCGCCAGUACAGAGUCGGCCACAUCUUGGGCGAAGGCGGUUUCGGGCGCGUGUAUGCAGGCUUCAGGAAGAUCGACAACCUCCCUGUGGCCAUUAAACAGAUCGCGAAGUCAAAAGUGCCUGCUUGGGGAUGGAUAAACGGUGAGCGAGUUCCUCUCGAGAUCUGCCUCUUGAAGAGGGUCUCCCACGUCCCCGGCGUCAUCAGACUGAUCACGUGGUACGAGUUCUCCGACUGCUUCGUGAUCGUCAUGGAGCGACCCGAAGCCGUCAAGGAUCUCUUCGAUUACAUCACGGAUCGGAAGCGAGUGCCCGAGCCCGAGGCGCGGUACCUCUUCCGCCAGGUGGUCGACGUGGUGAGACAGUGCCACGCCGCCGGUGUCAUCCACAGGGACAUCAAGGACGAGAACCUCCUCAUCACCACCAACAGACAGGGCAGAAAGGUCAUCAAGCUCAUCGACUUCGGCUCGGGGGCGUUCCUCAAGGACAACAUCUACACUGACUUUGAUGGAACCCGAGUUUACUCUCCCCCCGAGUGGAUCAAGCAGAAGCAGUACCAGGCGGGACCUGCGACGGUGUGGUCGCUGGGCAUCCUGCUCUACGACCUCGUUUGCGGCGACAUUCCCUUUGCGCAAGACGAGCAGAUCAUCUCGGCGAUACUGGACUUCCGCGUAAGCGUGUCCGACGAGUGCCAGGACCUGAUCCGCCAGUGCCUCAGCGUCC